UUUCCCGGCAGGUCCAGCGUAGGGGAGCGUGGGAGCGUGGGAGCCUAACGGUGGCGGCGUCUCUCGGUCUCGAGUCUCGGCUGGGCGUCGCUUUCUGUUGCUGUAGCCUGGUUAGCGGGAGGCUUCCUGAGAUCUUUAGUCUCGGAGCCAUAAGUGGGGCCCGGCCGGCCCGGGAGUCGGCCUUUACGAGGCUGGGCCGGGGAGAGGAGUCAUAGGCUCAGGUCUUAAAGGGUGUGGGGAUGCGAGGGGGUGCGUGUAGGAGCUUGGCAGCCGAAUUGGCCCCUCCAAGUACUAUUUUCUCCCUUCCAAGAUCUGUUGCGAAGUCCCUGUGGCGACUUGAAAACACUACCACUCCUCAACAUGGCAUCCACACUCUCUACAUCCGGGGCCCAGGGGCCAGUGCUGUUUGAGGACCUGGCUGUAUAUUUUUCUCAAGAGGAAUGUGUGAGUCAGCACCCUGUCCAGAGGUCCCGCAGCAGAGACGCCAUGGAGUGUUUGGAGGAUAUGGCAUUGAUGGGAGGAGAAGGCAAGAUUGAGAUUAAUCAGAAGCUAAGGCUAGAAUCUAUGGGACUUGAAGAGCUUGCCCUAGAAAAAUACUCCAUUGCUGUGCCCCUUGUCUAUUACCCAGAAAAAUCCUCUGAGCAUGGAGUUGGAAACCUUGAAAGGAAAAUGUCAGGUAGAACUGCUUGCAAGAAAAGUUUCAUAAGCCUUUUAGUUACCAUUGAAAACCACACCCCUUUGAUAGAACUAUCUCAGUGUUUAGGAACCAGAGCACUUUCUGAAAUUCUUGAAUUUCCUGGGGAAGAAGCCAAAAAUUCAUACAAGUGUCCUGAAUGUGACCAAAGCUUCAGUGAUAGCUCAUACCCUGUUUUGCAUCAGAAAACGCAUUCAGGAGAGAAAAAGUAUAAAUGUGGUGACUGGGAGAAGAUUUUCAAUCACAGAGCCAACUUGAGAACACACCGGCGAAUCCACACCGGCGAGAAACCGUUUAAAUGUGCCGAGUGCGGCGGCAGCUUCCGCCAGCACUCACAUCUGUCUCGGCACAUGAAUAUCCAUGUAAAGGAGAAACCCUACACCUGUGGCAUAUGUGGAAGAGGUUUCAUGUGGCUCCCAGGAUUGGCACAGCAUCAGAAAACCCACACUGCCAAAAAAGCCUGUGGUAAAUAUUUUGGUCAGAAAACAAAUCUGGCUUUGCCUGAGAAAAGGCACGGGUCAGCCAGCCGGCACCCAUGCAGUCUGAGCAGGAAAUGCUUUGGGCAGCCCUCGCACUUGGCCCUCCCCGAGUGGGGCCACGAGGACAACCCUGAACACUGCAGCGACUGCGGGGAAAAUUUGCUUUCAUUCUCAAAAUUCGAACCCUUAAAGCGUCCUGAGUGUUCACUGACCUUUCUUCGUAUCUCUGAGCUUAUCUCCCAUCAAAGCAUUCACAGAGGGGAAAAGCCCCAUAAAUGCAAACCCUGUGCAGAAUGUUUUAUUUUGGACUCAAAGCUUGCAUGCCACCAGAAGAACCACACAGGAGAACCUUUUAAAUGUACCAUGUGUGGGAAAAGUUUCAGGUUGAAAACACAUCUCAUUGUCCAUCAGCAAAUCCAUGCGCAAAACACCACGUAAAUAUAGCAAGUUUUCAUUAAUGCUUGUGCUUCUCAGUAUUUAUACUGAAAACUGGGGCACAAUUACCCUUUAUGUGCCAGGUACUGUGCUAAGCACUUUACACACAUUCCAUGUAAUAUAUCAUUUAAUUUUCACCACAACCUUGAUUUAGGCACCAUGAUUUCUGUUUUAUAAUCGAGGAAGUAUAGUCAGUGUCACAGCUACUGAACAAAGCCAGAAUUCUAACUCAGUAGCUCAGUUACUAUCCAGAUUCCAUUUGUAUGAGCCGGAGAAAGAUACAGAACUUAUAAAAAAAAAAUUCAGUUUUCACUAAAAUGAAGGUUAUUGCUAGAGUUCUUUUAAUUUUGUUUACAUGAUUUUUAAGUAAGUUUUAGAAGGCAAAUUUAUUUAUUUGCUAGUUCUGCAGAUCUAGGAUCUAGGAAAGUAAGUACCUUUAUAUAUAUUUUAUACUUUUUUUUUUUUUUUUUUGCUGUAACAAUCAGAAUGUAAUGUUUGUAUGAGAUUAUUGUUUUACAUAUGAAUUUCUGGAGGGGUUUGGAAGCUUUUUUCCUUCCAUGUGAAGUGUUCCCAAAUGGGUUGGACUAGUUAGUGUCGAGGUGGCUGUUAGUAUCCGUGAAGUUAGUAUCCAUUCUCAGAUCUGAUGCCACUGGCCUUUGUGAUUCAAGUGUUUGGAAUCACACUUAGUGAUUCCAAAGCACUCCCUUAGUGCUUCAUCCCAAGCCUGACUUACGUAUAUGGUUACAAAGCAACUGAAAGACUGUUCAGGACUUGAGGUUCAAACUCCAUCCCUAUAAUCAGAUUGCAAACUCUACAGAGUGUAGUUUUAGUUUAGUUUAGGUUUUAGUUGAGUUUGGUUUAAGAAAAAAGUUUUUCUUCCUCAUAUCCAAAGAAAGAUACAUAUAGAAAAUUGUUAGAACUUAAUCAAAAUACUUGAAAAUAUAUAGGUCUUUAGAUACUGCUGUUACAUGUAAAUACUGGAGCAAAAUAUUGUUAAAUGGAAUGGUUAUUAAUGUUAAAGAACCAGGGGAUCUUGUAAAUGUUACAUUCAUGUGGAAUUUCUCUUUAAAGCAAAAUUGUAUACCUAUCAGCAAAGCAGCAUUUAAAGGAGUUUUUGAUUGGGAUGUGAGAAUGGUCUUAUUCUAUAUAAAUGGUAUAAAAGUAUGGCAUUUACUAAAAUGGGAUUAUCACUGGGAAACCUCAGGAGUAAUAAUAGACCUCUUUAGGACUAAUUGGAGGAAAGUUAGGACCCUACCUUUAGGACCCUACCUGGAAGGUAGGGUCUUUCUACUGAACAGCAGAUUGAGAACUGAAUGUACAAAAAGGUGCUGGCUACUGCUGUAAGUUCUUAACAGUGAUUAGAGGCAGGAAGAUUCUGUUGGUGAGGAAAAGGGAAACCAAUAGCCCUAACCCAGCUCACCCACUCCUUUCCCCCUUUUCCUUCUUCUUCUUUUGCUUCUUGUUUGCAGAUCCACAGUUGAGACCCUGUGCUCUGUAUGUCAAGGUCACACUUGGCUCAUUGUUUCCGAUGUCUCCACUCUUAGGAUACAGGACACCAGUCUGCCGGGCCUUUGGGGUCUCAAAUAAAAAAGCGAGGUCUCCUAUAGGUUCUUCAGCAAGUCUCUCUGUCUGAGGUGUUUAGAAUUGUGUAGAAAGAUGGUCUCCAGUUAGGUUUCUUAUCAGCCAGCUCUGGGAUAUAAAGACCUUUGCUAAAUAUCAUAAAGUACUGCCUCCCUGCUUUCCUGCUUCUGCCUUCCGUGGGAGCAGCUGGCACAGUGUACCAUUGGCACAUAGUAGGGGCUCCCAUAUUUCAGUUAACUGAAGAGUUGCAGGGUCGGGGAUGAAAUUGGGAAAGAGGUCCCUAGUAGCAGAGUUGCUGCAGAAAGAAGUAGAGAAGACUAUUUUAGAAGGCAUGUGGACAGAGUGGCGCUGACCUGAAACAUGGAAGCUGUCAUCCUUUCCUUUGUUCCUAAGAAAGUACAGGGGAAGGUGAAAAUUCAUACCAUAAAUGACGUUCUGCACUCAGCAUGGGAAGUUACCUUUCCAGAUGAGGUUUUCUUCACAAUUAACUUCAGUUUUUACAUUUUUAUUUUCUAGAUUUUGGAAGAUUAUGCCAAACCUCCAUAAGAGAUUAGAAAAAUAUCUUUUACAAAGACAUUAAUAUAUACAUGAGUAUAAUUAAAAUGCCUUUUUGGUGUAAUAUUGUUAAUGAUUGUUAUGCGGAGGAAAAAAAAAAUCCCUGAGUGUCAGCUACUGUGAAAGAGCCCAAGGAGUUGAAGGAAGCGGUCAGUAUUCAUCAGUGAGACCCAUGCUGGUUUUAUACAGAUGGAUUUUUCACCUUCUAUUUACAGUGUUAACUGACAGAUUCCACAGAUGGUCAUUAAUUUAGAGACAUCAUUAGCCUACCAUGUUACUUUCAGUGAAUACUUGGAUGAAAGUUAAUAUACGGAUGAAAAACUAAAUGCAGGAGGUUAUUGCUAGGAACAGUUGGUUCACAACAUUUUGCAGCAUGGAUGUUGACACGGGCAGAGUGAAAACUUUGUACUGAAGAAUUCAAUUGUUGAACAAAUUUCUUUGGUUUUGUUGUUGAUGCAGUGAUGAAAAUGUGUAUUAAAGUCCUUAAUGUGAUUGCUGGACUAUCAGGUUCUCUAACAUACAUCAUUGAUGAAACAGCAUUAUUCCAAUAGCAUGCAGAUGUUAACAGUUUACAUUUUGUAAUUAAAGAAACUGUGGAAUUUAAUUGUUAUUCUUGAAGGAGUUGAACUCAAAAUAGUUUUGUUUACAGCGUUGUUGCAGUAGGUAAUAGUCUAUUCACAUCUCUGCAUUUAACAUAGAAAAUGACUAACCCAGUAAUUCAGGGAGUUAAAACUAAAAACAAGUGACAUUUCACAGCAAAUGCUGUUCUGAGUCUUUGACUCCUGUGAUUCCAUAUAAUUAAGUGGCAUUGUUCUGAUGACUGCAGCAUGUCAUACAAUCUGAUACUGCAGAUUUUGCUCAAAGUAAUCUGCCAAUUUACUGCAUAUGUGUACUAAGCAGGUUAUAGUUUAUCUGAAUAAAGAGUCUAUUUGAAAGUUCAUUAAACUUGUUAAGCCUAUAGGAUUUCCGUUGGAAAGUGUUUUUGCUUGGACAUCUGUUUAAAAAGUAACUAAAUAAUCUUCAUUAGAAGUGUUUAUAUUCAUCUGUUUUAGUUUUGUAGAUAGAGCUAUUGAUCUGAUAUCAGGAUGACCAUUAUCCAUCUUUUCACGGCCUGACUACAGGUGUUUUGUCUUAUUUUUUGACAGCCUUCUUUGUAUUAACAAUCUAGGGAGUGUGGGGAUAUGAUAUAAAUAUACAGUUAUAUAAACCUGAGAAUAUGCUGCAAUCUCUAGUUCCUUUGGAUACCUUAGAAGUAAUAUGUUUGUUGGAGGCACUUGUGCUGUUUGUUUAAUGUUUGGAUUUUACAGUUUUUGGUGUAUUCUCAUCAGUCUUAGCUCUAGAGUUCAAGCUCUCACUGGGCAGUGAUUACUGUCUGAUGUGCAAUUUGGCAUCUAAUAAAUGCUUUUUUAUGAUGAUGACAAUGAAGUGAACUUUAAAAUUUUUUUUUUACACUUUAGUAGUUUGAGAUACCAAUGAGUUGUGACAUUGUGUGGCAGGAUUGUGGCUUGGAAGGGGUUAAUGAGUGACUUCAGCCGUUUAAUAAUGGAGGUAAAAUCUUUUGCUCGCCGGAAGUCAGAAGAAAACUCCAGCACAGCUCCCGGGAGACGGCGUUAGACGUCAUCUUCCCUUCCAAUCUUUGCUCCACGAUGGCUAUACCUCCGGCCACGCAGGCCACCAAAGCCCUGCGUGGGCCGCCGUCUGGAGCGGGGGUUGGAGCUGAGGACUCGUGGAGUAAGGCUCCCAGAAGGCUUUGCGAGGCCUGGGAGACCUUGCGGCGCUCGGCCACCGGCAGCGCAGGCCGGCGGAAACACCAACGAGACGAGACGCGCUAGAGCGGCCCACAAGGCUGGGAAUCGAAAGUCCUACGCUUACUUCCGUCGCCCUAUUCCGGCGGCAGAGCUGCGCGUUCCUGUAGCGGCCGUGUUGCUCGGCCAGGCUCCCAGCCCACCUCCGCCACCCAACGAGAGGCGGCCUCUGCAGAACCCGAGCGGAGCGGGUGAGAGCGUCUGCGGAGGGCUCCUCUGGUCUCUCCCUCCGCACCAGCGGGAAGGUUACGCGGGUGGGCCAUCCCGAAUCUCGCACUGGUGACGGGAAAAGGAGCCCGGAGCUACCUCCUGGGCCCUAACCCUACUUUGGCAACGCGAAGCUAUGGGCUCGCCCUGUUUGUCUCUUAACUUGAAAGGGACGCUUUGAGCUUCUCACUUGUUCUGGGUAGAGUGUCUUCUACCAACUAAAGAGUGUCGCUGCCUGUCCAGUUCUGCAAGGCUUGAGUCGUUAGCCAUUGCAGUCACUGACCUUCAACACAACCCGAAAGGAAUUCAGGGCGAAGGUCAGGAAUGAGGCACUCUGUGCUCUGGGAAAACUGGCAGAGCAGGCCUUCAGAGAGUGAGAUAUUUUAAGGAGAAAAUUUUAUGAACCCAGAUUCUUGCAUCGUCCCAUACUUGGAAAAGCACUAAAAGCAUUACUGAGAUAUCUGUUCCUUGUGAAUAGCAGUAACCUUCUACCUAGGGGCGUGCUGCAUACCUCUUCGUCAAAAUCACAUAUAUCCCCCUCCUAAUUUCUUCAGAACAGUUUCUCAGAGCUAUCUGAGAGGCUGUCUGUCUCCCUAGCUGUAGUCCUCAGUAAGACAAUGAAUAAACUUGACUGACAAC